UUCUUCUGCCUCACUGCUAUCUAUCUCCCUCUCUGCCUCCGACGCAGAGCCCUCAUCUGAGUUUUCCUUCAUUUUAACUAAACCACGUUAAAAGAUGACAGAGUGCAUGUUUGCCAAUUAUGACUUUCGUAUCUUUUUCUUCCCAACUGUCCCAAGAAAAAAGGAAGAUUUGUGCAAGACAAUACACAAAACGCAGAUCCUGAAGAGAGCCCCCCAAAAGCAGAAUGCUCCACAGAGAACCACCGAAGAACAGAAGAAAGGAAUAAUGGCAAACAUCUCCCUGUCAAAAUGAAGAAGAGCGCCAAGGCCACGCCCAGUGACGUGGCUGCCCACCACGAUCACCAUCCUCUCCAUCUGGCUGUAACCAUCGGGUGUCAUCACCUCAUCCCCGACCUGCUGAAGCGGGGGGCAAGAAUAGAGGCGGACGAAAGCGGCCAAACGGCUCUUCACCUCGCCUCCAAAACCCAACAAGAAGCCGUUCAGAUGUUACUCUGCUGUGGGGCUCGGGUGAACUCCACCACUCCAAUGACCCGAGAGACGCCGCUCCAUCUGGCCGUCCAGACCUCCUCCUGCAGCGGCGUUGUCCUAGCGGCCGGCGGGAAGUGCGUGGAGCUCCUGCUGAUGAGCGGAGCCGACGUGAGCAUGAAAGAUUGGAAAGGCCAGGGAGCUCUUCAUCACGCUUGCCGAAACGGCCGAGAAGACAUCAUUAACCUCCUCCUCAAUUACGGGGCGGACGUGAACACCUUAACGUUGCAAGCGGAGUCCUGCCUUUUCCUGUUCCUGGAAAAAGCGGCCAAUCUCAAGGCAGCCAACAUUCUCUGGAAGCUGCUGAGCCUCUCCUACCCUCUGAAGCUCACCAACUCUGAGGGCCGUCUCCCCCAACUGUUGGAUGACGCUUACUGGGAGCCGCUGAAGGACAUGCUCCUCCAACUCUCUUCCCAAGUGUGGUCCUUACAGGAUAUCUGCAAAUUCAACAUCCUGAAGGUCUACGGAGGAAACGCGAGAUAUUGGCUCAAAGAGACGAUGCCCAUCGAGCUGUGGGAUUCCAUCUACACGAGCCAAGAGUUUUCGUACGCUUCGAAAAUCGUUGAGAGGAUCUUCGACGGCGGGCGUCGCCAGUCCGAAGUAAGAGAAAGGCCCUGGGAUGCCAGCCUCCUCCUCCUCUUCCUCCUGAGCGUGAUUCCCGGGCUGUGGCAGGGCCCGCUUUUCCUGGGACGGUAAGCCGUUGGGGCAAAAAUAAAUAAAUCGAAAGCGUUUUAAGCUUUGCGUUCCGAGUCAAUCCUCACGGACGUUGCUUCAAUGGGGCUGCGCUCCAUCCAUUGGGAUACUUAGAGGAGGAAAACGGAGAGGGAUUUCUGCAUUUGGAGAUGGGCAACAGGCUAUAUUGGAAGGUUGACUCAGCCUUUCGUCCUUCCGAGGUGGGUAAAAUGAGGACGCAGAU